AUGUCCCACUAUGAUGCAUUGAUUCUAGCGGGACUAAGGCAGGUGGAUUCUCAUGACUACGCAGGUGCCAAGAAGCUGUUUCGGAAAGCACAAAAAUUGGAUACAAGACGGCCACAAGCAUAUAUUUACCUUGGCAAUAUCUUUCGUUUGUCAGGAAUGGCGCAGGAAUACAUCUCAAACAUGCAAGAAGCAAUCAAGCAUUGCGCCUUGCUUGCACUGACAGGCAAUUGCAUUGAUUCUAUGAACUACAUCGAUGGCUACUUUGUGGAUCAAGAAGAGUCGAUUGUCUUGUGGUGCAAGUGUCUUCUUGAUGUCUGUGAACAUUAUGCACAUGUUGAAAGGAAGGAGCUGAUGAAACCAAAAUGGUUCUCCUGUGAUGAUCUUCUUAUUAGAGUAACAAAGGUGGCAUUGAAAUAUAUCAAGGAGAAAAGAGCUACACCACCAGAUGUCAUGUACAAUAUGUCUCUUGUUCGAGCACAGGCACUCUGUGGCAUUAUCCAUAAUGGAGUUCAUGACAUUUCAUUGUACGUUGAUUGUAUGCUGAGCUGUCGGACACCUCAAAACCUGCUGGAAGCAUCUGCAAUCUUGAGGAGUCUUUCUACCAAUGGACAAGAUCCUUGCAUCUCUGACUUCUUUGCAACAAUGUCUGAAGGCCAAUCCCGUGAUCCACAGUCAAUACGCAAGUUCUUUCAAUUGGAAGCUGCAAAGUUGGAGGCAAUAGCAGGAGUUCUUCAGAACCGGAAGCAACACACUUUAAGCAAUGACAAUGAACUACCGGUCAUCAGACCUCAUACUUGGGUAAUGCUGCUUGGUCUCGUCAGCCCUUCUGGCUCUGCAAUGAACAGGAAGUUGGGCCUUGUCUGUGAGAAUGGCUUGCAGCAUGGACGGCAUCUUGUGACAGUGGAUGGAUACGAUGGAAUCAAGUGCAUUAAACCUAAAAACUUGGUGGAGAUUCCACUUGAAGAGUACCGCGAGGCUCUGAUUUCUACCUUGGGAGAAGAAAUGCAAUGGAGGUUUAUGAGGAAUUUGGUGGAGUGCGAAGCAGAACCCAAGCAAGAGGAGCCAAACCCUGGAAAAGAAGGGAGCACCACGGUCAAAAUAUUGAGUCUUUGGAAAGAGAUUGCUGGCAUUUGCCCAUUGAUGGCGACCCCCAUCCCCUGCUGUCUCUAUACAUCUGCUUACAAUGAGCUCGACCUCGUGCAAUGACUUGACGACAUUUCUGAUGGUCCAGAGCGUGAGACGGAAUGGGAGGGCAUCGAGCUCUGCUCAUUCCAACUUUUUAUUAAAACGCCUUCACAGCAAGUGCCAACUCGGGGCUUAUUCUUUUAGCUUACCGGCACUUGGCAUACC